AUGGAUUUCGCUUCCUUUUCUAACUCAAGUUCUUGUAAAACCACAUUAAUGACAAGUAAUGGAAGGGAGAAGAAGAAUGUGGGUGCAGCAAAGAAAGCAAAGGCAGUGGCUGCCGUGAAACUCUCGACUGACCCACAAAGCGUUGCGGCGCGGCAAAGGCGGCACAGGAUCAGAGACCGUUUCAAGAUUUUGCAGAGCCUGAUCCCUGGCGGGGCAAAAAUGGACACAGCAUCCAUGUUGGAAGAGGCGAUUCACUAUGUGAACUAUUUGGGAAAAGAAGAAGAGAAUUCCCAACUGGCUAUUGAUCAAAAGGCUCACAGCAUCAGAAAACUUUGUCCAAAUUAUGCUCCAACUCAAAUCCUCGAAGGAGGGAAAAUCAAUGGAAAACAUUUCUCAUUCACUUCCCAAGAGGAAUUUGUCAGAACCGGCGAUAUUUCUAAUAAGUCAGUGUACGAUGACGGAUUUGGGGGCCUACCGAAGUUCGGACUCCCCACACUGGCGCCUCGAUUUGGGGACUACGCUAAGAUUUUCUGUGGUUUCCACUUGGCUCGAUCUUCUUCCAUUCCGGUUUUGGAUCUUCCUAUAAUUGAUGUGGAGGCACGGUUUCAUUUUGAUAUACGGAGUCCUGAUUUUAACUAUUCAGAAAUUGUCGAAAAUUUCAGUGGUUUGGAUUUCGCUUUAUCUUCCAACCCACUUAUAAGAUAUAAACGUGUAAAAUAA